GUCGAAAACAGCAAAUCAUCGUCAAUAUUGAAGCAACUUCGUGAUUGUUUUUAUGUGUUUUUGAUCUUUAUAUUCUUGAUCAUUUUUUUUCCACGAAACAAAUCAAAAUCAAACUAAAAAUGGAUAAAAAAUCUGCUACACCAGCUUUAAACGAUACAAUUGCAUUGUCGAAAAUGUUAAAAAGUGAAUGGGAACAUUCGAAUCAUAAUCUGGAAAAAAUUGAAAAACAUUUAUCACAAUUAAAAUUACAUCUAACUAAGCUUCAAUUUUUGCCAAUCGAAUUGGGUGAACAAAUUUCCAAACAAGAAUUGAUUGUAGCAAGAGAUGUACUCGAAAUCGGUGCAUUCUUUUCAAUCGAAACAAAAAAUAUCCCAGCAUUUGAACGUUAUAUGGCUCAGCUUAAAUGCUAUUAUUUUGAUUACAGCUCGGAUCUAACUGAAUCAACAUUCAAAUAUCAAUUGCUUGGACUGAAUUUACUUUGUCUUCUUUCACAGAAUCGUGUAUCAGAAUUUCAUACUGAAUUGGAACUAUUGCCAAUGAAAGAGAUACAAAAUAAUGUUUAUAUUCGUCAUCCGGUUUCAUUGGAACAAUAUCUGAUGGAAGGAAGCUAUAAUAAAAUUUUUCUAUCCAAAGGAAAUGUACCAUCCAAGUAUUAUACAUUUUUUAUUGAUAUUCUAUUGGAUACGAUUCGUGAAGAUAUUGCCCGUUGUAUUGAAUUGGCAUAUGAUCAGAUUAGUGAAUCGGAAGCAUUGCGUUUAUUGUUUUUCGAUGCCAAAGACAAAACUGGAUUAGUACAAUAUGCUCAACGUCGUCGUUGGACAUUGAAUGAUAAACAUGCAUAUACAUUUGGUCAUGGUAAAAAUCGUAACGAUGGUUCGGUUAUCAAAAUUCCAGCGCAGAAAAUUGCCCUACAAAUGUUGGAAUAUGCUCGCGAAUUAGAAAUGAUUGUCUAAAUGUCUAUUUGAAUUUGAAUACAAAUCUUUUAAUAAUAAUGAUUAAAAUGAAAAAAAUACAAAAUUUUC